CUCAAAGCUCAGUCUUCUGAAAACUCAAACACACACACACAGAGCUCAACAAUGGCGUCCUCACCUCUCACUUCGACUCUCACCCCUUCUUCUUCAUCAUCACUACUCACAAAACCCCCCAAAUCCCUCUCCCAAUUUCCAUCUUCCUUAACUCACAGACCAUUCUCAAUAUCAAAAUCGAAUCUUUUCAUUUCCCCAACGAAGACCUCCUUGACCGUAGUCGUCCGGGCUCAGACGCUGGACUUCUCCGGUUCGUUCUUCGGAGGAGGUGGGAUUGCAUCGGAUGAUGACACCCCAUCUCCACCGGGGUCGGGAUUGGCAGCCGUGGAGGACAAAGAGGAGCCUCAAUGUCCACCUGGGUUAAGACAGUAUGAGACUAUGGCGGUUUUGAGGCCUGAUAUGUCUGAAGAUGAGAGACUUUCACUUACCCAGAAGUAUGAAGAGUUGCUUGUUGCCGGGGGCGGUAUGUACAUCGAGGUUUUCAACAGAGGAGUAAUUCCACUAGCUUAUGGUAUCAAGAAGAAGAACAAAGCUGGAGAAACUAACACUUACUUGGAUGGUAUCUAUCUCCUCUUUACAUAUUUCACUAAACCAGAAUCCGUUGAAGCUUUCGAAGGGGUGCUUAAAACCGACGACGAUGUCAUCCGAUCAAUGAGCUUCAAAAUAAGGAAGAGGAAAUAUUAGUUACAGUUUAAUGUCAUUCCUCCAAUUCACAUUUGUGUAGCCUUUUUUUAAGAGAGAAAAUGACAAGUUUUGGAAGGGAAAAUUUUAAUGUUCUAUACUUCUUUGUAAUUUCAUGUUGAUCUAAUUUCCAAUGCCUUGUUAUUAAGAUUCUAUUGGUAUUUUUUUGUAAACAUAAUUGGAUUAAUGAAAUAGGACAAAAUUUGUAAUUGUUUAAAGUGGUAAAUUUGAAUCAUUUCAUUCAA